AUGAUGGAGAAAAUAGGAAGCUAUUUUCCAUCCAACUGUAUUGGAGACCAAGUGCGGUCCCAGCGCGAGACGCGCGAAGGUCAGCGCGACCCCGCCACGCGGCAGUCGUCGCUCGUCAGCCAGUCCCGACCCCGGGCCGUGCGGGCGCUGCAGCUCUCUCCCGUCCGCCGAGAUUUGGAAAUGCUGUGUUUUAUAUUGCUCAUAUACUCAACUGUAAUGGCUGACCAUAAAGACAGUCAUACAAGGAUAAUUGCAGGAACAGAAACGUCUUCGAGUGAAGAAAAUCACAUUUCCAGGAGCACCAUAAUAUCUAUUCAAGAUCUGAUAUCAGAACUUUCAUCAGGCAACUUAUUUAACCGUACUAACUUGACUAUAACAAAUAGCAGAUUACAAACUUGGCAUUAUAAUGUACUAAAUAACUUAUACAAUUUGGAAGUACUUACAAUGACGCAAAAUGUGAUGAAACAGCUGCCAGAAAACCUUUUCAAGCAAACCACUCAACUAAAAACAUUGCUGUUGAAUUACAACAAAAUCAACACAUUGUUCCCAGAAUUAUUUGGCUCCUUAGUUAAUCUCAGACAUUUAGAACUAUCUCACAACAACAUAAGUAAUAUUCCUUUGAAACUAUUUGAAAACCUAACAUCGCUCGAGAAACUUAACAUGAGCUACAACAAAUUGAAGACAUUGCACAGUGAAACGUUUCAAUCACUGGUCAAUCUUGAAGAACUCAAUCUAGAACACAAUCUACUGGAACACAUACCUUCUAAAAUAUUUCAAAACACAGUGAAACUGAAGAAGCUUGUCUUAAGCCAUAAUCGUUUGCAGACACUGUGUGGGGAUUUGUUUGCAAAAUGCAAUGAACUAAGAACAUUUAAUGCUUCUGAUAACAGAAUCAAAGUUUUGCAUCAUGAAAUAUUUUCUACCACAAAAGAUUUGCAAACUGUUGAUUUGAGUCAAAAUAUGAUAAAAUCAAUAGCUAAAGAGGCAUUUGAUAACACAAAAAAAUUAGAAAAAUUAUACUUAUUAUAUAACCGUAUAAGUUUUUUGUACUUGGAUAUGUUUUAUAACUCGGAGAAAUUUAAAAUCUUAGACGUUAGUUUCAAUAAUCUGACUCGACUUUACGGACCUGCACCAAGUAGAACAUGUGGACACGAAAUUAUGCUUUUGGGGAACAGUUUGCAGAACAUAACAACACGUGUUCUGAAUGCGCGUUACUUGGACAUCAGUCAAAAUAAUUUGAUGCACGUGUACUUAAUAAACACAGGUUUACCAACCUGUACAAAAUUUAUAAACAUAAGCUCAAAUUAUGGAUUAAUUAUACCUUCCACAUUUUUCAAAGGAAUGUACUUUUUAGAAAGUGCGUACCUUGACAACAUUGACGUCAGCUAUAGAGACUUGAUACUUUUAGACACAUUGCUCAGCUUGCCAAGAUUAAAAGUGCUAAGCCUUGUUAACAGCAGUAUUUGUGAAAAAGCGUAUGAAAGGGAUCUAAUGUACACUGUGUUCAAUCAGAAAAAUAGGGUUGAAAUAAUAUGUUUCAGAAAUGAGAAUGCUUUUGAAAUUAUGCCUAUCGUAAAUAAUACAUUUGAAUCUACAGAAACCAAAUUUAACCAUCAGGAUAUUGGAGAGACCUGGAGCAACGUAUACGAAGAAUGUAAGUACAAUCCAGAUUAUGCUAUGCCAUCUCCACUAUCUUGGCUUCGAGAAGUUUGCCCUCCACAGUGCGAAUGUCGCAUCAACUGGACACAGCAAAUGUUCAUUCCACCUUGCAGCACCAUGAUUGACUGUUCAAACACAGUUUCAACCAGCAUGCCAAACCUCAACACUUCUGUUAAGUGCAUGGACUUUAGCAAUGCUAACAUCAAGCACAUUGAGACUGGUUACUUCUCGCAAAGUGGUACUUUAGAGUACCUCAAUCUGAAUAGGAACUUUUUGUCACAUAUUGACUGUGGCACCUUCCAUUCUCUCCGUCAUCUGAAACAUCUAGAUCUCAGUGAAAAUAGUUUUGAGCAACUGCCAAAAUGUCUACUGCUACAUAACACUAAGCUAGAAUAUUUACACCUAGAUCGCAACCAAAUAACACAUCUCGACAAUGACACCUUCAGUACAACAAAAAAUCUUAAACGUCUUUUCUUAAGUAAAAACAGAAUCUUUAAAUUCCCAACUAACAUAUUCGUAAAUAACUGUAAUUUGGAAAGCAUACGUAUAGAUAAUAAUAAUCUACAAGAACUAAAUGAAAAUAUAUUUUACUGUUUGGCAAAAGUGAAAACACUGAAAUUAGACAAUAAUCCAUUAAGAUAUAUUCCAGUUGACAUCUUUCAAAAUACACUGUUGUUGGAAUCUCUUUUGCUAGUAAACAUGAAGCUGACUACACUGCAUGGAGGAACCUUUAGACAUCUACAGGCCCUUAGAGAAGUACAUGCAUCAAAGAACAAGCUUACAAACAUUCCCCCUGGAGUAUUUGAAAAUCUCAAUAGCUUGCGUAUUAUUGAUCUCAGUUAUAAUCACAUAACAAACAUACAGUCAGGGUUAUUUGUUAAUCUACCCCAACUGGCCAUUGUCACUAUAACCGACAACUGGAUAACGACACUUGGUGACAAUGUUUUCACGGAAGUACCGCUGCUGAAAAAUUUAAAUCUCAGAAACAACAACAUUACAACAAUUCACCAUAAUUUUUACUUAAAUCUAGUUGGCCUUCGUUUCAUUGACCUUGAGAAUAAUGAUCUUGAACAUUUUGGUAAUUUCACAUUUUCUAAUACACCUAGCUUACGCCAAGCAAGGAUCAAAUACAAUUACUUGAAGGAUUUACGGUAUGUAUUUUACAAUGCGUUCAAUUCCAGUGAGUUGUAUCUUGCGCACAACGCUAUUGAAAGAAUUGAAAAAAACACUUUCCAUAACAACAAAGAAUUGAUAGUGUUAGAAUUGAGCAAUAACAAAAUAUUAUCCAUCCACAAAGAUGCAUUUCUAUCCAUGCAGCAACUGAUAGUUUUGACGCUAAACAACAACUCACUAACAGUUCUCAGCGACGAGGUAUUCAGUGCUUGCAAGUCUCUCACUACUCUAGCGCUUUAUGACAAUAAACUCACUAACUUGCCACCUAGCAUAUUUGCACGGCUGGUAAACCUAAAGUGGCUCUUCCUCCACAGCAACAGGUUAACUUCGCUGAGCAGUGCGUUAUUCUCAUCACUGCACAAUUUGGAAGCUUUAACUUUGGCUCACAACCCGCUGAAGCAUUUGCCGGGCGAUAUUUUCGGCUCUUUGCGGAAUGUUAAUCUUCUGUCCCUCACCAACACCUCCCUGAAUUUUCUCGAGGGCAGUGCUUUUGCCGGCUUGAACGCCCUGAGCGUCCUGAUGCUGCGAAACAACCCCGCGAUCACACUGCGCUCUGCUCACUUCGCCGAGCUCGACUCGCUGCAGCUGCUGGACGUCAGCAGAGACCCUUCCAAGACGUCCCGCGGUGGAGCCGGCGAUGGGACGCCCUCCGCGGCCCCGGGGAGUGCUCUCACCUGGAGGAACCUCACGCUGAUCGACCGCUGGUUCGGCAUGGCCUCCCUCAAGAUCCUCAUAGUCACCGGGCAGUCGGUGUGCAGGUUCCCCGAGUGGCAGUACAUGAUGAACUACCUGUUCAUCCACGUCUCCCUGAAGGACGUCCGCUGCUUCACUCAGCGGAGGGACCUGUACUCCCUGUGGGACCGCAGUUACAGCGACGACCUGUCUUCCGUGCGCAACGACAUUGUCCUCCUGGAAGAAUACGGUAUUGUGCUGGAAAACAUUUAGACCAAGCAACCUUUAAAUGUGUUGACUAGUGCUGCGAUCUUGAUGCACACUUCUGGUAAAUAAAAUUGAUGUAAUUUUUUCUUCUAAUACAUGAAAUACUUUGUCUAUCAUACAACCCAAAACACAAACAUUCUUAUAUAAUAAAUUUUGUGAAUUUACCAUAUAGUUGCUAAUAUGAGUAAACCAAUAAAUUUUACACUGUCAACUGUCAAGAGUUUCACUGAAAUAAUAAAUAAUGGGCUUCA